AUGCAGGCGACGUCCUUUUAUCCUGCCAUCAGUAGAGCCAGCCCCUCGCCCCGGACUAAAAGCGCCCCAGGACCACUUAAACUUCCCCGGGAACCGCACCAGCGUUCUCACUUCAAUAGGUGGGCCUUGUCUCGUCCUCCGGAAUAUACCAACGGACUCGAGACGCGGCAAAAAGAGAAGAAAUUGACAAACUGCCUCGACGGCCUGGGAAUAGGAAAAAAGGGAGCCACAUGGUCGCGGGUUGGCCUAGGGAACUGUCACUUAGCCAUUUGUCAUGUCACAGUAACAGUCACAGUCGACUUCAAUAACGGGGGUGGGAGAAUGACCUCCAUCCUACUCAAGAUUUUGUCUGGGCUGUUUGAGGCGUGGAUAGAUAUUGCGUCUUUGGUUAAGGGAGGUUGGUGCGAUAUACCAAAGGCGUCUCAUAAAUCACAACAGGGACGUCUCAAUCAAUAUAUCACUCCACGGCCAUCAGUUCUUGUAGCUUUCAUGGAUAAGGACGAAUUAUCUGGUGACGGCAAAUAG